AUGGUGGGAAUCUAGCGAUGCUCUAGAGACACUGAGACUGUUGGACAACUGUCAGUUUUGACAGCGCUUUGGCACGGUGAUACAUGGAGAUGAAACACAGGAGAACUAUGAGGCAACGCUAUGCUCUAAAACAUGGGAUACUCAAGGAGUUCCUGGCUGAGUUUCUGGGAACUUUUAUCUUGGUUUUGUUUGGCGUUGGGUCUGUUGCUCAGACGGUCCUGAGUCGUAAUGCCAUGGGGGAGACUCUCACCAUCCAUAUAGGCUUCUCUGUAGGACUGAUGAUGGCAGUGUACGUGGCCGGAGGAGUGUCAGGAGCCCAUGUGAACCCUGCUGUCUCCUUGGCCAUGGUGAUCCUGGGAAAACUCAAGUUCUAUAAGUUUCCCGUCUAUGUCAUCGCUCAGUUCCUUGGUGCUUUCGCUGGAGCUGCUGCAGUCUUUGGGCUGUAUUAUGAUGCGUUCAUGGACUUCACCAAUGGGAUUUUAUCAGUGACUGGUAUUAACGCCACCGGUCACAUCUUUGCCUCUUACCCUGCCAGGUCCCUAACCAUCCUCGGAGGCCUCAUAGACCAGGCAGCGGGAACAGGCAUGCUGGUGUUGUGUAUCCUGGCCAUCAGCGAUGGGAAGAACAUCGGCGCCCCUAGAGGCAUGGAGCCACUGUGCAUCGGCCUGAUCAUCAUGGCUAUCGGGGUGUCCAUGGGGCUGAACUGUGGGUACCCCCUCAACCCUGCCAGGGACCUGGGGCCACGGCUCUUUACUGCUGUAGCAGGCUGGGGCUGGGAGGUGUUCAGCACGUCAGACUACUGGUGGUGGGUCCCGGUGGCGGGGCCGAUGAUAGGGGGCGUGGUCGGGGCCCUGGUCUACUUCCUGUUCAUCGAGAUGCAUCACAAACAGCCUGAGAAACCCCACGAGGAGGAAGAGGAGGAGGACGAAGAGGAGGAAGAGGAUCUGGAGGAGGACAGCAGUCUUAAGGACAAAUAUGAGAUGAUUACCAUGAGUUAAAGAGUCAGAGAGAUUCAUUCACUUGUCAAGGACUAUAAAAGAAAACGUCCGUCUGUCUGGUUCAGAUCAAUGUUACUGUAAAGUCAAUCAGGAGAGGAA